UCUACAUAUACAGUAACACACCCAGACCUGGAAACGAUGAGUUCUGUAGACAACAUAGUCAAUCAAUUAGUCAGUGCUGCACCUCCUGGUGAACUUGCUGGAGUGGCAGAAGAUUUAGAGGUUCUUUUACCGGGACAACUGAAGUCGGUGGUGAGUCGUGCUCAAGAGAGUUUUAUCAACGGCCACGGUGGCGUAUUUCUGGACAAAUACAUUGCAUGUAAAUAUAAUAAAGACCCUAAUCUGUCUAAAUACAUUGACCAUGUCUCCAAACAACUUUUCAAUGUUGAUUUGAAGUCUCAAAGAGCCAUUGAUGUGGAAGAGUUUGAGUCCGAUCAUGUGCAGUACCCCCCAUAUUAUGAUCAACUUGUCAGUAACCUUCAACAAUAUGGUGAAGACCAUUACCCAUCUGGAUAUGCAUUCUCAGUCAUUCCAGGUGAUUCUACUUCCAACGAAUCCACUGUUCGUGUUAUCAUCAUUGGUCAAAGAUUAAACGGGGACAAUUUUUACACUGGACAAUGGAAGGGGGACUAUUUGUAUGAUGAGACUACAAAGGAACUUAACGGGAGAAUUAGUCUUGACAUUCAUUACUACGAAGAUGGUAACGUUAGACUUAGAUUUGACGAGCCAAUUGAAACUGUUCGCUUGGGUCAAGGGAAUGAAUCUCUGGCCAUCGUCAAUGCCAUCAAUUCCACUGAAUCAGAUGUCACGAGGCAGAUCAUGACCCAAUUCAACGAAUUGAAUCAAAAAUCAUUCAAGAAUUUGAGAAGAUUAUUACCAGUUACCAGAGCAAAGAUUAAUUGGGGAAAGGCCAUUGGAAACUAUAGAUUAGGCUCCGAUGUAGUAAAUAGCAAGUAAAGAAACGUACGGAUGAAUUAAAAAC